AUGGCUCAUCAGGGCUGGCCUAGCCGCUGCUCUGGUGAUGGGACCCAAGGGCCUCAUCAACCGCCUGCUCGACUCCAGACCUGCAUUGCCUGCCCCACUCCCCCACCUCUCUUCCCACUCUCCUCCCCCCAGUGCCCCACGAUAGCGCUGGUGAUGGGUCCCAAGGGUCUCAUCAGCCGUCUCCUCGCGCUUACUCUUAACAACGCCUGCCCUGCAAUUCCUCUUGUACCCCCUCUAUCCCCUCCCCAACCCCCACUCCCGUGCCCCUCACACUUUCCCUCCCCUCACUACCCGACCAUAGCGCUGGUCAUGGGACCCAAGGGCCUCUGCCCCACCAUAGCGCUGGUCAUGGGGCCCAAGGGCCUCAUAAGCCCGCCCUACCAUAGCAUUGCGUUGGUCAUGGGUCUCAAGGGUCUCAUCUGCCGCCUCCUCGCACCCAAAUUCAUCGGCGUCUGUCCUGCAUUAUGA